AUGGUCGCCUUAUUUGCGGGGGGACACCUGAGCAUCUACGGGGAUAUAUUGAGUAUUUCUCGCCACACAUGUCUCCAGAUCCAUCGGAGCACUGCUUGGAUGGUGACAGGUUUGUUAGUUCUACAUGUUGUUUUAAUUUCUACGAUCCAGAAGAGUCUUUCGUUGAAUCGAACAAGCAACCUUUCUGCACUCAUUGGGGCCGGAUGUGUAGUAGGAGUUUCACUCCUUACACUGCCGUAUGUUCGCCGUCAUAUUUUCGAACUUUUCCUUCGAGCCCAUCAGGUCCUUGCAUAUAUUCUUUUAUAUGCCACAUGGCGACAUGUUCCACCUGGUGAUCGCCUUUUAAGGAUUUGUACUAUUACCACAGUUGCGUUACUUUCAAUAGCGUUCCUACUACAGCUUGGCCUUUUGCUCUAUCGGAAUCGGGUCUUCUCAUUGCAGGGAUGGCCUCGAGCGCGGGUUUCCUGUAACCGUCCCAAGAUUGAUGGGAAACCAGAUUCAGAUGUAAUCAUUCAAGUUCGUGUGGCCCUUACACGACCGGUGAGGAUUGAAGCGGGACAGUACAUCAAUUUAUGGAUGCCUUCGUUGACCUGGUGGUCAUGGGCGCAAGUGCAUCCAUUCAUGGUCACCUCGUGGUCUCACAGCGCCCAGGAGACGUUGGACAUACUGAUUCAGCCUCGGCGUGGGUUUUCUCGCGAACUGCUGAAGCACGCCCGUGCUGCUUCGCAAGGAUCAGCUUCGUUGCGUGCGUUGAUCAUUGGACCACAUGGCCUGAGCGAGAAUGUCGAUCGAUAUGAGAGUGUUGUGCUUGUGGCUAGUGGCUUUGGUGUCGCAGCUGUCAUUCCUUAUCUCAAAAAGCUCGUGUACAGCUACAACACCUCAACAUCUCGAACGAGAAGAGUGCAUCUUGUCUGGGAGAUUGAGACUCUUGAUAUCGCGAUCGCGGUGCAAGCAACGCUGAAUAGUCUACUGGAAGAUGAUAUCUUAAAGAAACGUUACAUCUUGACCAUCUCGAUCUACGUGAAAUCCGACCAGAUCAUUGGCGACGUGAUGAAAUUCGGGAACCACGACCGAGCUGUUGUUUACAACCGAAGUGCAAACUAUGAUCAGAUUCUGCAUGCGGAAAUGUCUGGAGAGCUCAUUGAGAGACUCCCAAACGCCCAAGAAGAGAAGGGAGAGUCAUUAGUGAUGGGUAUGUGCCAUCUGAGAGAGAAACUUCCAUGUACUAAUGAACUUCUAGUAGCAGCAUCCAGUCUGGUCCGCGACCAGAUUCGAUUAAUCCUUCGAGACUAUGUACACCAGAAAGCGAAAAUGGCUGUUCUCGAAUAUCGGCCCUGA